AUGCCCGGAGGUGUCUGUGCCGUUCUCGAUUACGAGGUCGACCAAAUGGCCGAGUUCGUUGCCGAGAUGGCAACCCGCGUUGUCAUGCCGUUGUCGACCACCGCCGUCACGCCUCCGUUCCGCAAGUUCGUCUCGCAGAUCCUGUCAUCGACGAGAUUGCCCAAGAGCACCAUCCUCCUCGGCAUGAACUAUCUCGCGAAGCGGGUCAACACUCUCAAGCAAAACAACCCAUCGUAUACUGUACCGGAGGGACAAGUCUGGCGCAUGUUGACCGUGUCCCUGCUGCUCGGCAGCAAGUUCUUGGACGACAACACCUUCCAGAACCGUUCUUGGUCUGAGGUGAGCGGUAUUCCAGUUGCUGAGCUCAACGCUCUGGAACAUGAGUGGCUGGAGCAGUCUGGCUGGCGUCUUUACGUCAACCUCGAUUACAGCGCGGACUACAAGGCUUGGCUUACCAGCUGGGAUGAUUGGAAGGUCCUCAAGGACCAGGCUGCGGCGAGAGUCACUCGAGAGAGGCUCGUCCCCACCAUCGACACCAACAUCAAUAGAUACGGUGGACGAUCCGCCUAUCAUACGUUUGUUCAGCAGCAAGCGGCUGAAUACGAGCGCUACGAGGCCAUCAAGCGCAACGAGCUGGCUCACCAGCAAGCCUAUGGCAACUGGAACUGGCAAAAUGCCCCGCUCACUCCUCCCGAUUCUGGCUAUGGCACGCCCGAAUAUAUUAAUUCAGCCACUUCGGCCAAUGCCCGCUACAAUGAUUGGUUCUCUCAGGCCGCUACAACGGGUCAGUGGAACACUCGCUACCAACAGCCGUCGCACAACUACUAUGGUCAUCGCCACAACCAACAGAACUACUCCGGACACUAUGGCUACCAGCAAAACAUGUGGGAACAUGGUGUUGCUGAGUGUAGCUGUGCGAACUGCGUUGGCCCUGCUAAGCCAUCUACGUACUUCACUCACCCCAACUUUGGCCAGCCUGUGAUGGGCUAA